UUUAUGUUAUUCAAAAUAAAAGAAACACCUGCACUCAGUGCUGUCCACUGAGCUGGGAACAGAAUCUGCAGCAGAUCUGGAUUUUUAAGUCCCCUCUAAUUUAAUUUCAUAAUUAAAUUAGAAUGGGCUUUAAGGCCCAGUCUGACCCAAAGCACUCUGGGGUUCUGUGGUUUUGCUGAACUCCUGACACAAAGAGCAGCACUGAGAGACUCAGCCACCUCUUUCCCUUUCCCUGUUCCCCAGGGAGAGCUGCUGCAGGCUCUGAUGGAGGCAGGAUGCCUUUCAGUGCACAGAAAUGUGGGAUCUGCUUCCAGCCCCCGUCCAUCAUCCUCAUCUACAGAGACAACAGCCAGGACAAGACUCGCCAGCGCAUCAUGCCUGUCAGGAAUUUCUCCAGGUUCUCAGACUGCAGCAGGGCUGCCGAGCAGCUGAAGAACAACCCUCGGCACAAGGCCUACCUGGAAGGGGUCUCGCUGCACCAGCUCCAGAAGCUCUACAGCUUGCUGAGAGGCCAUUUGGAAGGACAGAGCCUGUCUGAGAGCUUGGAAAGGUUUCAUCAGGAAGAGACCAUUGACCCAGAGGAGGAUAUGAACAAACUGGAUGAUAAGGAACUGGCCAAAAGGAAGAGCAUCAUGGACAAGGUCUUUGAAAAGAACAGGAAGAAGAAGGAUGACCCCGACUUCGUUUACAACGUUGAGGUGGAUUUCCCACAGGAUGAGCAGCUGGAGUCCUGUGCUUGGGACAUGGAGUCAGAUGAAGAGAUCUGAUUCCAGACAAAGACAGGCAGUUCAGAGACAAAUCUCAGCGUCCCAGCAGAGAGAAGAAUGCCAUCAUACAUUGGCUCAGGAGAACCCGAGGUGCCACAGCAAUCCCAGCCUCAAGUGAGCUUUGUUUAAGAAGCCAGACUUGAUUAAAUAGAAACUGCAUAGCUGAAACUGUUGGCUAGUUUUAGUCUUUUCCUCCAUAAAAGAAUUUUAAAUUAUUUAAUCUUUCAAUUUUUUACAUUUUAGUCAGCUUGGGCUGAAUAUGAAGCAUUAAAUAUUCAUGUCCUGAGGACACUGUUAAAGCUGUACUGUACAAAUAGGGUGAUUAUUGUUGCCUGCUGGGAAGUUAAAUAUGUAUCAGUCAUUCUGGAUAAAUCAACUCUGUAUUGAGAAUAUUGCUCUCACAUUUCCCUAGCAAUGCUUAAAUCUCCAGUUUUAGCUUACACAAAAAUAAGUCCAAUGAAUGUCUUGAAAAUGAA